UCCUUAAAUGACGUUUGAUUCUACUUCCGUGUUUCUAUUAAAAGAAUUCAAGAAGUUGUCAGUAAAAAUACACAGAUAUUUUUUUUAAAAAAACAGUACAGACCUUUGUUUUCCUCAAGACACCUGUGGGCCUAAUGGCAUGAAAUCAGAGUGAAACAAUAUCGAAGUUCAAGACUAUCUUUAUUGUUUUAUUUUAUCAUCAAAUUUUCACUUGAUUUAAGAAAAAUAUUAGUGAGCAUGUCAAAUACUAGUUGUUGCACAGUUUGUCUAAAGGAUCAGACUGACCUUGCAGAUUUUCCCAGUCUUGGGGACGAUAAUCAAGUUACAGAUCGUCAUAAUUUCAACAAUGAUCUGUCCAAAGUCCUGUCAGAUAAGGCUGAAGGUAUACUAAUCGGUGAUCAUGAAACUCAGGAGUCAGAAGGUGGAGAAGCUGAUCUACACAAACAUCUUGCUCACUGUAAGAAGAAUCCAGGUCAUAGACAGUUUAUACCUGUUAAUACAUUCACCAUGAAACAUUUACCUGAAGAUCUUCAAGACAAUGAUUUGUAUGAAUACAUCAAAGCUAUAGCUGACCUCACAGUAAGAGUAGAUGUUAAGAUGUCCGGUCCAGACAGACCAGAGUUUUGGCCAAAGACAACUCGACCAUAUCCAUUUUAUAACAUGAGUGACAAAAGAAACUUGAGGACAGGAAGUGGAAGAGUGUGGAGUGUUAACAAGUUUCAAGAUGGAGUCUGCCAAGAUGGAAGUUAUGGACGUACUUCUUACACAAAGUGUUGGUGUAGAAAAUGUAAAGAUUUAGACUCCCCCAGCAAUGUGUGGUGGGAGUUUUAUGUGAACACAGCCACACACGUGGUUUUUGAUAACUUUGAGGCCAGCCACACGACUUUGAGAUUGUUUUAUGAUAGAGAUGAAAGUCAAGUGAUCAAUGUGGAUCAAAUCAGAGCUGUAGAUGUAAACAUUGAUUAUGACUGGUGUUGGUUGAAAUGUGUAACAUGUGACAAAACCUUAGGAAAUAAACUGAGGGAAAUAGAGAAACAUUUUGAAAAUGUCUGGAUGAAAGUCUGGAACAAAUACUCUGCCUCUGGGUCCAAACACAAGUUGACCUUUAUAGUGUCACAUCCUCAUGGAUGUUCUAAACAGGUCAGUGUUGGUCAAUGGAAGGACGAAUACAAGGUGGGUGAUAGAUCUAAGUUUACUUAUACAACUUGUACAUGUCCAGGAAGUAGUGGAGCAAAUGUCCAGUGUCUGGGGUAUGAUGACCAUUGGGCUAGAUUUGAUCUUGUCCACAGUGGAUGUUUUAAAUCUGGAUUAAACUACAGGGGAGUUGGCUAUGUUUAGUGAGUUGUAUCCCUUGUGAGUUGUCAAGCUCCACCAAGAAGAUGUUUAUGAGAUCUCUUGAUAUUCUUAAAAACAAAUUUAGAAAUAAAAAUGUUAUUUUAGCCUUGAGAUAAAUGUAUGUAUACUUUUUGAUAUUUAUAAAUUUGUUUACUAGAAAUAUAUGUACACACUGGUAGGGCGUACCGGCAAAAUUUUUCAAUGUUGGGGAAAAUAUUUCUUUUCUUGCAUUUUUUUCGAUUAUUAUCAAUAAAUUAGUAGUUAAAAGUGAGGCGAUACCUCACUGAGCACCGGCAUCUAUUUUGUUACAAAAAGAUCGUAUAUAUAUAUAUAUAAUAAUCUUUAUUGUCCGUAUGGAAAUUUGUAUUACAAUUUGUGCAUUACACCAAACAAAAAACAUUAUAACUAUAAGAAACCAAAGUGUACAUUCACACCAGACUCACCCAUAAUUUACAUGUGACAAAGUUUAUACCAGAUUGUUCUUAUUUAAUGAUUUGAUUGCCACCUCUUGAACUAUAAACAUUGGUAAAAAAACACUUCGGCAUGACCUUCCUAGAGUCCGACGUUCAUGUCGAGCAGUGCACUUAUACCGUAUUUAGAACGAACUUAAGAUGAAAGCAAUCUUUUUUUUUAGUAAGCUGAAAGUUGGUCGGCGUAUUAGAGAUACCAAGCAGAAACUGUUUAUGACCUGGAUUCUUCUUACAGUGAGCAAGAUGUUUGUGUAGAUCAGCUUCUCCACCCUCUGACUCCUGAGUUUCAUGGUCACCUGGAGAACAGAGAAAUGGGCCGUUUUACUUCGUUAAAAAUUGCAUGUUUUACCCUAUAAUGUAGACAUUUUGCGUCACUUGGUGUUUCAUAUUUUUACUGCCUGGCUGCCUGGUCGUGCGGUUUGCGCGCUGGACUGUCGUUCGGAUUUAUCGACGGUCGAGGGUUCAAACCCUGCCCGCUCCCAUCCCCCGUCGUCCUGCAGGAGGUUUGGACUAAGAAGUAAACUAUCUUCAACUCUGAAGGAACAUCCGAAACAUGUAAAACAAACAUUUAACAUUUACUUAAAAUGAUUUAAGUCUUAAUUUCGUCAAUUAAAAAUGGCAAAGUAAUUUUGCUAGCUAGCCAAGUAUUGAUGUAUUCGCCAGUAAUCCUGCUAAUCAGCCAAGUAUUGAAAUAUGCACAUGUAAACCUCCUAAAAAAAAAGUUGAUCUAUUCACUUCUAAACCUGCUAGCCAAGUAUUGAUGUAUUCACAUAUAACCCUACUCACUAAGUAAUGAUGUAUUGUUAGGCACCUAGUUUAUAUUAUUAGUUAGUUAGAGACGCACCAUAGAAGACGUAUAUUGAACGGGACUAGUGACGCUUGGGAUAUUUUGGGUUAGAGACUGGAAAAUCAGUUAGCGAUAGGAUUCUCUUGGGUAAAGACGUGUUUUAUUUGAUAGAGACUCUGACUGUGGCAUUUUAUUGGAUUAAACGUAUUAUUCAUUGUU